CCCUCCCUGCGCUCCGGAUUUUAUAAGGCAUCGUCCCCGACAACUCUGAAAAUAUUCGUUCCGAAUAAUCUGUCGCAGAUCCUUCACUCCUGAGAUCGUACGCGGACAUUGAAUUCCUUGAAUCGUCUCUCUAGGAUUCGGACGUUCACGAACUGCUUGCGGUUUUUUCUUGCUUUUUUACUUGGAAAGGAGUGAAUAGAUUUGUGGGUUGCUUGAUUUGCGAUCUCGCUUUUGGUGUUCCCGGAAAGUACGAUCUUUGUGGGGAUAAGUUCGUCGUUAGUCGUCGGUAAAUAGGGAGUUGUUGAAUCGGAGGAUGAACGAUCAGCCUCACUUAAUGAAUCAGGCGCCGAUGAUGAUGAAUCAGAGCCCGAUGAUAAACCCGCCUCCUCCGCAGGUAAUCAUGAAUCAUCCCCAACUGAUGAGCGCGUCUCAGUCCAUGAGCCAGCCCCCUCAAUUGCUGAGCCAGCCCCAGUUGAUUGGCCAGUCUCAGAUGUUGAGUCAAUCUCAGGUACCCAGUAUGAACAGGAGUUACAAGAUGUGGCCUCAGAAGCAGAAGCAGCAGCAGCAGCAGCAGCUUUCGCUUGAUCCGAAUGUGCAGUUCCUCGGCUCGAUGAACCCGGGUUUUGGGUCUUUGAAGCAGCCAAUGAUGCCAUUACCCGGUAGAAGCAAUUGGAAGGGCAAGAAGCCCAAUGAUAAGCGGAAUGACCCGAGGAAGGUCCCAAAGGCGAUCCCUAAUGCGGGGAUGAGCGGUGGCGCCGGUGGCAAGGGGUACCAGCCCCCUGCUCUCAGCGAUUUGCAGUACCAGAAUCGCCUAAAGUCAAAAAAAUAUUACCCCAAGAAGAAGUUCAAUAAUCGGUUUGCGCCGUAUGCGCCCAGGAACACGACUUCAUUUAUCAUUAGAGCGAAGAAGUCAGGCGGCAUUGCCUCGAUGGUGUCCCCGUGUCCGGUAACGCCAGCAGUGUUGCCGACGCCAAUAUUUUCGCCUUCUAGAGAGGUGUUGGUUGAUAUGGCAAAGGAGGAGUGGGGUGUGGACGGGUAUGGGUCCAUGAAGGGUCUCAUUAGGCUACGGAAUGAGGUAGAGAUCAGGGACAACGAGGAGGAGGAGGAUGAGAAUGAGGAGGACAAUAAUGGGUCUAGUGAGAGUGAUGUAGAAGAGGAGAAGGAUAGCGUGAUGAGCAGACUGGAUCAUGAAAUGAAUCGGUUUGAGAUGGUUUACCCCAAUUACGGUUCUGAUUAUAGCAAUUUACUGGUGAAUAGGGUGGAUGAUCAAGAUACCCACAUUGCGCAACUUGAGGAAGAAAAUCUAGCUUUGAGAGAAAGGCUCUUCUUGAUGGAGCGGGAUAUGGAGGACUUGAGGAGGAGGUUGAGCUUCCUCGAGAGGCAGAACCAUGUGGACGAGGAUGCGAAUGAGGAGGUAGUGGAGAAUGAGUCUGAAAAUGAGAGUGAGGAAGAAUGCAAUGUUCAUGUUCUGGGUGGUGUGAGCAAAGGAGAGGACAUGGAUUGUGUGGAUGGUGAUGUAGGUGGAAGGGAUGUUAAGUUCGAUGGUGAUGCCAAAGAAGAGAAAUAUGAUUCAACACUAGGAAAUAAAGCUGUUCUGGAGGUUGCUAUGGAAGAGUUUACUUCAAAUGAAGCAAUUCUAAAAGAAGAUGAGUCAAGAUAUGAGGAACAAUGUGAUGGGGUUAUCCUGGGAAGAGUAAAAUCCGGGGGGGAUGAGGGGACCAACGUUGGAGAGGACGAGGUCUCGGAUGAAGUGGAUGCUAAACGGGACGAGUGCGAACAUAGGGACGAUGCAAAUGUGCCUUUGGAGAAGAGCGUUGGCGAUGAUCAUUUAUUUUGCUAGCUUUCGUCCAUCUUAAGCCUCCUCUACUGUUUGAUAUUGGUUAGGGGCAUGUUAUCUUAUGCCAUAAUUCGUUGAUUGGCAAGCUUCUUUCUCAGUGCUCCAUAAAUAAUUCCGAUUCUGGGGCAUUUAUUGGUGUUGCUUGUUAGCUGAGAGUGAAAACAUGGGUCAAUGGGCUUCCAAACUUAGCCAUUUCUCUGCUCUUUUCAGUUAAUAACCCUCGUUGGUUUACUUCACUCUCUUCUUUAUACUGGAGUAUUGUGAUCUUGUGGAUUCUUACUUUAUGUCUGGAAAGCAUUUGAGAUUGAGUGUGAGUAGGUUUAUGUUUUAAGCUUCUGAUGUCAUGAAAACCACAUUUCCUUGGACUGCAUUACUUAUAGAUAUGUUAUGCAUUUACAUCUCUGAAACCAGACUGUGUAAGUUAAUGUAAUAUAGGAGGGAGGACCACUCAUUCAAGUCCUUUGUGGUCUGGAUGUUUGUCUCAGUUGCUAUAUGAUUGCAUCAAUCGGAUUAGAAGCUAACUGUACUAGUGAGUAGUUCUUCUUUGAGGAGAAGCCUUGUUGGAUUUGUUUUUCUUCUUCUCCUGGAACAUGCAGUAGUUUUCAGUAUUUUCGUAGCAAGAUCAGCCACCUUUAAUGUAUGGUGAUGUUCAUCUUUUCCUUGUUAAAAAAAGGUGUAAUUUUCUUGAUUAUACUGACAUUCAGAGAUGGAUUGUUGCCCAA